CAGAGUCGAGGCCGAGGUCACCAUAUCGGACACUUGGUGUCUAGUCACGACUGCCACAUCCCACGAUGCGCUUCCCAACCCUCCACUUCCCCACGUGGGCGUUGUGGUACAAGAAGCCAGAGUACCGCGACUUCAGGGACUAUGCCAACACGGUCAGCUCCGGCAAGCGGACCAUGAGCCCGGAUGGCCGCAAGACUGCCAUUCCGAGCCGGCUCAGGCUUGACCGGAUCCUCGCCAACAAGACAUGUACGCUCGCCUUCCCGUACGGAUAGACCCUGGACUGGCUGUCCCGAUGCUGACAUGCGUGGCUCGUCAUCAGGUAGCCCUAUGUCCCUCUACGACUUCUACAUGUACCUAAAGUACAUCGAAUUCUCGGCAGAGAACCUCGAGUUCUACAUGUGGUACAAGAACUACGAGUCGAGCUACGCCAAGGGCCUCACCGUCAUCUACGAGAAGGACUAUGGAUCCGUCUCCAGCAUGGCUGAGAGCACCUCGUCGGUUGCCGAAAUCAAGCCCGAGAACGCUCUGUCGUCCAUCGACGAGGACGAAGAGGCCGACCCGGAAAUCGCCAGAGAGACCCUCGCGCGCAUCUCGCAGCUCAUCUCGGCCGAUGCGCUGUGCUCGUCCAAGUCCAAGUGCGGCCCGGUCAUGGUGCCGGCCAACUUCGCCACGGGGGGCAGCGACGACGAGUCGCCCGACGAGGCGCUGCGCAGCCUCAAGCUGCUCAACCCGGGCCCCGUCAGCCGGGCCGAGAUCGACACGGUCAUCGAGCUGUUCCUGCUGCCGGGCGCCGAGAAGGAGCUCAACAUCCCGCCGGCGAUGCGGCAGCAGGCCAUCGCGGACCUGGCCACGUCGUCGCACCCGGCCGCGCUCAAGCCCGUGGCCGACCACGUGUACGGCCUGCUGCGCAACUGCUCGCACCGCAACUUUGUGCGCCUCGGCGUCGGCAACGGCACCUUCGAGACCAUCUGCGUGGCUACCGUGCUGGGCGUGUGCAACAUGGUCGGCGGCUUCCUCGUGGUGCUCAGCCGCGCCUUCGUGCCCUUCCGCGGCGCCCACACGCGCUGGGAGGCCUUCGCCGCCUGGCCGCUGUGGUGGCUAGGCCUGAGCCUGAUCCUGUCGGGUCUGAGGGGGAGCUGCUUCUUCCUGCUGCUCUUCUCGCGCCGCCAGCGCCUGCCGUGGGAGCGCUUCGAUGACUCCGCCUCAGUCCUCUCCAACAGCCCCGGCAGCCGCCUGCUCAAGGCCAUCUCGCGCCUCAUGAUCUUCGACCGCCGCCUGCGCGUCAAGGAGACGCACCUGCGCCGCCUGCAGCGCAAGAUCGUCCUGCAGAGCCUGCUCGGCGGCAGCAUCUUCGCCACCGCCUGCGUGCUGGUGUUCAUCUUCCUGCCCGUGUGGCGAGAGACGGUCGACCAGCGCCAUUGAUUGGACUCGAAAGCCUGUUCAAUGUAUUUUGUCUUUGUUGAAAUUUUCAGUUUUAACUCCUGUCGCUUGAGGUCGAUUUGCCCUUCCCUUCUCUCUUCUUCUUUCUAGCCACUCACUCGCUACAUUAGAUGGCCGGUCAUGUGAAGCCGCGAUGCUGAUGAUGAUGCCUUGGUCUUUUGGAUUGGAUGAUGACGAUCAACGCGCACACCGAGACGGAUGUAUGUAUGAUAAUUAUUGGACUAUGAUACCACCUGGCGUAUGGUGCCCGGUCACUACUACUAUUACAUGCAAUCAAAGACUUGAGUCUACAUAUA